UAAAUUUAAUCUAAACUUUUAUGCAAGCCUUUCAUUGGUCCGAAAAUCUAAAGGUCUCGAAGAACAACAACAAAAACCUUCUUCUCCUCUCCGCCACUUAUGAAUGGGAAAUGAAAAACUUCAAUUUCCCAAUACUAAAUGACCGAAACCCAGAUUCAAUUUUAGCAAAACAAAAUAAUAUCACACACCAAAACCGUGAUCAAACCCAAUCAGACCAACCCCUCAGAGAAUGGGACUUUAAUCUCCGAACUGUCGUUUCAUCACUUUCAGGAACAGCCGCCGCCUCCGACGCCCUCGGCGUCAUCGAGUUCGACCCCUCAGAUAACGUUUUCGCCACGGGUGGCUUCGCUAGAAAGAUACGAAUAUACAGAUUGAAUUCUUUGUUAUCCCCCGACAACAACGGCGACCACCAAAACGACGUCGUUUUACUUGACCAUGCGGCCGCGUAUGACUAUUAUAUCUGCACGCCCGCAAAGCUCAGCAGUCUUCGAUGGAGACCCGGCACCGGCGGAAAGAUACUUGGCUCCGGUGACUACGACGGCGUCGUUACGGAGUACGACCUGGAGAGAAAGACGCCCGUGUUCGAGCGCGACGAGCAUGGUGGCCGGCGCGUUUGGAGUGUAGACUAUUCGCAUUGGGACGUUUACCCAGUCUUAGGGGCGUCCGGGUCCGACGAUGGGACCAUGCAAAUGUGGGACACGCGUUGUGAGAGAGGGGAAUGCGUGGGUACGGUGCGGCCCAGUGGAGCAAGGUGCGCGGUUUGCUGUGUCGAGUUUAACCCGUUUGGUGGGCCAUUGGUGGCUCUUGGAUGCGCUGAUCGGAGGGCCUACGGGUACGAUAUCCGGCAACUUUCGGAUCCGGUUAUGGUUCUAGACGGGCAUCAGAAAACGGUGUCGUAUGUCAGGUUCCUCGAUAGCCGUACGAUGGUAUCAGCUGGUACAGACGGGUGUUUGAAGCUGUGGGACACGGACCAGUCACGUGCGGUUCGCACGUACAAGGGGCACGUGAACAGUCGGAGCUUCGUAGGGCUAUCAGUUUGGAGGAACGGCGGGUUACUCGGGUGCGGGUCGGAGAAUAACAAGGUUUUUGUUUAUGAUAAGAGAUGGGAGCAGCCCAUUUGGGUUCAUGGGUUUGGACCCGGGUCGGACUCGGACCAAGGGUUUGUGAGUAGUGUGUGCUGGAGACAAGUGGGAGAAGAGCGGUGCACCCUGGUGGCGGGUGGGUCGGAUGGGGUUUUGCAGGUUUUUGUGGGUAAUAGGAAGAAGCCAUGACAUGAUCCUCUUCAUCAUCCAUUAUUCUUCUUCUUCUUCAAGUAAAUUACUAUUUUCUCCCUAAAGCAAGAUAAAAUUACUUGUUUUUUCCAAUUUUCUUUUCUUCUUUUGGUCGGGCAAAGUUUGAGUCUCUGAAAAUUUUAAUAACACGAGAAUUAUUCUAAACAAAUACUAGCCAAAGAAUAUGAGAUGAAAGAAGUUGAAUAUAGAGAUGCCAUUUUGUAUUUGAUUCUUUUUAUUAAAAUUAUAGAAUUUUCUAACAAAAUUGAUACUUA